CCCCUUUGGUCCUCAGCGGCUCCCAGGCCUUGUCGUGCUGUUUUGACCUCGAUUUGUAUCCUGUUAUUUCAUUAACACGCGUAUAGUCAAUAUAUUAGUGGAGGGAGAGGGAUUUGUUGGUGUUCGCUGUGACCCCCCAGUGCUCUGGGGGCUGUUCUGGUAGUGUUACCCCUUAGAAAAGAGGGCCUCGGGUCUGUAGGAAAUGUAUAUGGAGUUAAUGGCCUCACAUAGUGAACACACACAGCGCAGCUGGCAGCGUCCGGAAUUUACUAUGACAUCCAAAGGGGAAAAGCCCAUCAAAUGGCUGUGGUCAGAAUAUGUUAUUAAUAUUGCACUCGCCAGUUUCUAUGAGGACGGGGGUGAUGAGGACAUUCUGACCCUCCCCCAGCCGACACCCAGCUCUGUAUCCAGAGGCACCGCAGCCAGUGACCAUCGAGUAACAUCAUUUAGAGACCUUGUUCAUGCACAGGAGGAUGAUGAUGAAGAAGAAGAGGGACAGCGGUUUUAUGCUGGUGGCUCAGAGAGAAGCGGACAACAGAUUGUUGGUCCUCCAAGGAAGAAGAGUCCCAAUGAGCUGGUGGAGGAUCUGUUCAAAGGAGCAAAGGAGCACGGUGCAGUGGCAGUUGAUCGGUCAGCCAAAAGCAGUGGCGAGAGUAGCAAGCCUAAACCUUUUGUAGGGGGAGGAUAUCGCCUUGGAGCUACUCCAGAGGAAGAGUCUGCCUAUGUGGCAGGAGAGAGGAGACAAAGCUCUGUUCAGGAUGUGCAUGUUGUACUGAAGCUCUGGAAGAGUGGAUUCAGUCUGGACAGUGGAGAACUGAGAAGCUACCAGGAUCCAUCCAAUGCCCAGUUUCUUGAUGAUAUCCGCCGAGGGGAAGUCCCAGCAGAGCUGCGCAGGUUAGCACGAGGUGGGCAAGUGAACCUGGAUAUGGAGGAUCACCGUGAUGAGGAGUAUGUGAAACCUAAGAGUGUCUUCAAAGCUUUUACUGGAGAAGGACAGAAGCUGGGCAGCACUGCCCCUCAGGUGCUGAGCAGCAGCUCCCCAGCCCAGCAGGCAGCAAAUGAAGCCAAAGCCAGUUCUGCCAUUGCUAUUGAUGAGUCGGAGCCCGUCACCAACAUCCAGAUCCGGCUCGCUGAUGGGGGGCGACUGGUCCAGAAAUUUAAUCACAAUCACAGGAUCCGUGACAUCCGGCUCUUCAUAGUAGAUGCCCGGCCAGCAAUGGCAGCAACCAGUUUCGUCCUCAUGACCACCUUCCCAAAUAAAGAGCUGACUGAUGAGAACCAGACCCUGAAGGAAGCCAACCUGCUCAAUGCUGUCAUUGUUCAGAGGUUAACAUAAAGGAACCCGUGUCUCGCUACGUGCCUGCUCGCAGUGCACACGCAUCAUCUCAGCCAUGCGUGCACCUGCGUUGUGCGAACACAGGCUCACAUCUACUUGUAGCUCUGGGUUCUUAGAUCUUGGUUGGACUCUUUAGUUGCAUUUCCAAUGGGGUUUUUUUUUUGUUGUUGUUGUUUUGGUGUAUUUUGUGAAUUUUUUUGGUUUUUUUUUUUUUUGGUGAUGAUCAGUGGACUUUAAAAUAAAUAAAGGAAACGAACCUGUUUUCAAAGGAGAUGCAACCUAUUGAGCCACAGAUUCUCCCAGGAGAGUUCA